UUGCCUUGAGAGAGGGGCCUCCCAUCUCUGCGUGAAGCUGACCAUUACUACCUGACCAGGACAGAUGAGAGAAGAAAAGGCAACAGGAAUGGGAGGAAGGUGGCAGCCUCAAUGCCUCCCUGGAGGAGGUGGAGGUAGCCCAGAUAGCAUGAUGAAAAGGUGUCUGGUGACCCUAAUAGGGUCGAGGCUGGGGAGGGAGAUGAGUUCUGGGGGCUGAGAUGGAGGUGAAGAACAGUGGGGCUUGGAACAACUACGGAAGCAGCAAGCCAGAGGCAAUGAUUAGAAGGAAUCCCAAGAAUCCAGACAAAUGACUGAACCCGGAAAACCAGUUUCAGGUCAUCCCAGUAACCAUGCAAAUGUGGUAGGAGCUGGAACAAGAACAGCACUAUCCAGAGGAUAUAGGAAAUGUGGAGUCCUGGGGCCUUCCUGGUGACCUGGAUUUUCGUUUUGGGACUGGGCCACACAGAGCAUUUCUACCGGCCAGGUCGUAGGACAUGCUCCAUAGCAGCUACCAAGGAAACUGUCCCUGUCACUGAGUCCUAUAUCCAGAGGGUCUACCAGCCCUACAUCACCAUCUGUGAAGACCAUAGAGCUUGCAGCACCUAUCGGACCAUCUACAAGACUGCUUACCGAUACGCUUCUCGGAUUAUCUCCCCACCACGAUAUACUUGCUGCCCAGGUUGGAGAAGAAGUAAUGGGCUCCCUGGUUGUGGCACAGCAAUAUGCCAAUCACCUUGUCAGAAUGGAGGAAGCUGUGCCAGGCCUGGUAGAUGUAGAUGCUCUGCAGGGUGGCAAGGAGACACUUGCCAAAUUGAUGUGGAUGAGUGCAGUCAGCUUGGUCAUGGCUGCCCCCAGAACUGCAUCAACAGUCCUGGGAGUUACCACUGCCAGUGCCAGGAGGGAUACGAGCUAUCUUCAGAUGGGAGACUAUGCCAGCCCCAGAGUGGUUCCCCAGGAGUGACCUCAACUCUUUGUCCCAUUGGGCAGCCUCAGCCAGAGGCUUCUGAUGAAAUGAAAGAAGAAAUACAGAAGCUAAGGAGUCGAGUGGAUGUGUUGGAGGAGAAGCUGCAGCUGGUGCUGGUUCCCUUCCAUAGUCUGGCACCCCCAGACUCAGAGGAUGGGCUAUCUGCUGACCACACCAGCCUUCUGUUCCACUCUUUCCAGCAGCUGGACCGGAUUGACUCCCUGAGUGAACAGAUUCUGUUCCUGGAGGAACGGCUAGAGACCUGUUCCUGCAAGAAUAAGCAAUAAGAGAUUCCCAGCUAAGUCCAGAGGCCUCACCUGGCAGGGGAUUGAGAGCCAAGGUACCAGAAUGGGACCACAGGGAACCUGCCACAUCUUUUCCUUUUAGAGAUGUUUGUAUUGAGUAUAAAUCUCAAGCCAGAGACCACUAAUCCUCUUUAAGUAAGCACUCUGGGCUCCUUCCCACAAGUAGACCAAGCAGCAGGCUGCAGGAUAGCUUGUGAUAUUAGGAUGAAUUGAGCCACUUAAAUCCUUCUUCUAUGACCCAACCUCACCAACUCCCCAUUCCUCCUUUUUCCUCAGUGAUGGUGGGACUUGGUCCUCCCCCCACAUCCUGUUUCUGGGGAGAAGACAAAAAACUCCCUCCAUCUUAGUGGGGUUUACAUAUUCCCCCUAGCUUGGGAAAGGUAAACAUUAUUGGCACCAAAGAGCUAGGUCAGAUCAGAAGCCAGUCUAUCAGGGACAAUUUGGGAGAAGCAACAGUUAGAACUUGGGAAAGGCAAACAUGAUAUAAUGGAGGGGAAAACCCUAACAAUAAUAACAACAUGGGCUUUGGAGUAGGGUGCUUGGAUUUAAAUCCUCUUUCAGCUACUUACUGUGUAGUCUUGACCAAGACACUUAACCAGUUUCCUCAUUUAUAAAAAAAGGAGAUAGGUUAAGUGAUCCCCAGUGUUUCUUCCUGCUCCACAAGAAGUAAGAAAGAAGAAUUCUAAAUUCUGAAGCAGUGUAAUAGAGCAUAAGGAAUGCUGGAGUCAGGAGACACCUGGUUUUAGAUCCUACCUCUAACAUGAAUUAGUUAUGCCACUUAAGCUCUAAGAUCCCCAAUUUUUACUUCUGUAAAAUAGGGAUGAUACAUGAAGUGACCUCCUUCACAGGGUUGUUGUAAGGAUGAAAGCAGAUUAAGUAUACGAAGCACUUUGUAAACCUUCAGGUGCUAUCUAAAUGACAGUUAUUGAAAUCAUUCUCUACAUGUAUGUGGAGAUCAUAGGCCCACAGUACCCUGAAGUUGGAAGGCUCCGUAGGGAUCGCCCAGUUCAAUCUCCCCUCCACAACACCUCAAGAUGGAGCACAUCCUGAGCUGCCAGCGAGAGGACCUGAGCUAAUUUGUUUCUUUCACAGUGGGGAUAAGCUGACCCAAGCCAUGCAGUAUUUCCUUUUCCCCGAUAUUAUCAAACAGUCCACAAAAACAUUAUGUGACAUCAAGUCAAGCAUGCAGUCUGUGUCUAAGGAAUUGGUCUUUUUUUUUUCCUCUCAUGUGAAUCUGAUCCAGGAGUCAAGCUCACAACCUUGUCCCCAUUUGUACUGUGACCUGAGCCAAGGGUAGGGAGCCCCAUCUUGAGUCUUGAUUGGCCCCACCUCCAAUGAUGUCCUUCCUUUCCUCCUCUUAAAGCUGCUCCCUACUUGGACAGCAGCCCCCACCUCUGGUACAACCAAUGCCAAAGUUUAUUCUAAGCUUGUGUGUAAGGGCAGUCUGCCCACCACCAAGUGGAUGACUCACCCAUUCGUCAUCCAGGACGUAGCCAAGAGCAAGCUGUCCAUGGCAUCCGGGCGAAGGUACGCGAUCUCUUCCCUACUGAAUUUCUGCUACCAUUCUGGUGUCUGGCUUCUAGCUUCAAGACAGGCAGGAGGAGGGGAGGCCUAUUCCCAUCCCACCCCCACCCUUCAACUCAGGGAAGUUAAGAGGGCAGCAGUGCCCAGUGGGUAAAAUAGUACAAUUGCAUCUCACUGCCUCCCGGGACCAAUCCAUCCAGAAACAACUGGUAUUUGUUUAACGCUGUGUCUAGUCUAACCUUUGUAAAAAUAAAAACCAUAUUGUUAUCAGA